AUGGAAGCAAUCACCUUUUCUCAAGCAAUGGCAGCAACUCUUGUGCCAAUGCAUGAAAUUGAUCACAAUCUCUUUUUAGGUGGCUUGGGUGCAGGAGGAAACGAAGCUCUUUUAAAGCGAACAGGGAUCAAAUUUGUUGUGCAACUUCUUGAAAAUACACAAAUUGCUCCAAGAUUUCCAGGGAUUACUUAUCAUUUUAUACAAAUCCAAGAUAGUCCAGCAGAAAAUAUAUCAAGACACCUCCCUGAUGCUUUAAAAUUCAUACACCGACAUUUAAAACACAACCAAAAAGUGUUAGUCCACUGUGCAGCUGGGGUGUCCAGAAGUGCAUCAGUCGUUAUUUCAUAUAUAAUGGCGAAGAAUAACACUUCUUUUUUAAAGGCUUUACAGUACGUCAGGAAUAAGCGAAAUUGUGUCCUUCCUAAUGAAGGGUUCAGAAGGCAACUGGAAGGAAUGAAUUUGUCAACAUUAAGAGGAUACCUUAGGAUCCUGUAA